UUACCCUCGGCUGAAUGCUCCACCGCACCAGUCUCUCCUCGCGCUGCCAUGAGAAGCCUUCUGCUCCUCUUCUCUGCGCCUCUUCUCCUCGGCCUGGGGUCCAGUGUCCCGCCGCCCUGCGACAGUCCAAUCUACUGCUCCGGUCCCAUCCUGGAUCAGGUGCAGAGAGCCAAGCUGUACGACGAUGACAAAUACUUUGUAGACAUGAAGCUGAAGUUUCCUCCAGCCGUGGUCAUCUCCAACUUCGAAAAGCUUUCCAGCGAAUUCCCAAACCGCACCUUACCGCAGAGUCAGCUAAAGGUGUUCCUCGACCAGAACUUUGAGCCUGCUGGAAUGGAGUUUGAACCGUGGACCCCGCAGGACUGGCACGAGAAACCAAAAUUCCUGGCCAACGUCACCGACCCACAACUCCAGGCCUGGGCGGAGAAGAUCCACGGGCUGUGGAAGCAGCUUGGCCGGAAGAUCCGAGCGGAGGUGCAGCUCCGGCCAGAGCUCUACUCCCUCAUCCACACUCCGCACCCCGUGGUGGUCCCGGGCGGGCGCUUCAGGGAGCUCUACUACUGGGACUCCUACUGGGUGCUCCAGGGUCUGCUCCUGUCAGAGAUGACCAACACCAGUCUGGGGAUGAUCCAGAACUUCCUCUACCUGGUCAACAGAUUUGGCUUUGUCCCGAACGGCGGGCGGGUUUACUACGAGCGACGCAGCCAGCCGCCGUUCCUCACGCAGAUGGUCCGCCUUUACCAUCGAGCCACGGAGGACCAGCAGUUCCUCAGGGAGGCGCUGCCGGUGCUGGAGAAGGAGUACCAGUUCUGGAUGGUGAACCGCUCACUGGAGGUCAAAGGUCACACUCUGAACCGCUAUUACGUGGAGGCGGGCUUGCCCAGACCCGAGUCAUACACGGACGACCUGGAGCUGGCUGAAGGACUCACUGAAGACCAGCAGCAGCAACUCUGGAUGGACCUGAAGGCCGGCGCCGAGUCUGGCUGGGACUUCUCCUCCCGCUGGUACCGGAGCGCUCAGGACGGCGGCCUCGCUGACACCAGAACCAGCCAGGUGGUGCCCACUGACCUCAACGCUCUGCUCUGCUACAACGAGCGGACUCUGGCUUCCUUCCACCGAACCUUGGGCGAUGCCGAGUCAGCCGCGCGCUACGAGGCCGCUGCCGAUCGCAGGAUGGCUGCCAUGGAGGCGCUGCUGUGGGACGAGAAGCGAGGCGCCUGGUUUGACUACAACCUGGAGACGGCUUCCAACAAUUUUGGGUUCUACCCUUCAAACCUGCUGCCCAUCUGGGCCAUGUGCUACUCCAGCACUGACAUGGCCAACAAGGCGGUUCAGUACUUGAAGGGGAGCGGUGCCCUGAAGUACUCUCUCAGGGUCCCCACUUCACUGAGGGACUCCGGGCAGCAGUGGGACUUCCCGAACGCCUGGCCCCCUCUUCAACACAUGCUCAUCGAAGGGCUGUCCACCGUGCCGUCGGAGGAGGCCAGACGACUGGCCUUUGAUCUGGCCCAGGAGUGGAUCAGAACCAACUGGCGCGUCUACAGCAAAUACAACGGCAUGUUUGAGAAGUACGACGUGACCGGGGAUGGGAAACCAGGCGGAGGAGGAGAGUACGAGGUCCAGCUUGGUUUCGGUUGGACCAACGGUGUUGCCCUGCAGCUCCUGGACCGUUACGGUGCGUCGCUCACCUCCAGCGGGGGGCGCUUCAGUUUGUUCCUGCCGCUGCUACUCCUCCUCUCAUGGCCUCUAUUCAUCCGAGCAUGCUGA